AUGCUUAACAAUAGAAUAAUACAAAUAAUUGCUUUAAUAUGGCUGGUACAGCAGCAGCAAUUAAACCUGUGUGUGGCUGGACAGCCAGCAAUUACCCCAACCAUAACGACAGCAGCAGCAGUUGGCUAUCAACAGCAACAAAAUUUGAAAAAUUUAGGUUUAAAGCAAAAACAUGUAAUGAAUACACAUGACAUAGCAAAUAAUAAUAGUGGUAGUGGCAGCAAUGCUACUCCCACUGGUGUUGGUACAACAUCAAACAACAGAUUAAAUGUCAGCAACACGGAUACCCAAAUGACCCUCAAGCUAAAAGAUGCAACAGCUAGAAAUGCUUACACUAAAAAUAGUGCAAAAACAUUGUUAUUUACAAAAGCCACUGGGACAGCUAAUGUUAACAUUACCUUUAGCAGCAGCUGGACAGAAAAUAUUACAACAAAUAGCUCUCUAAAACCAUUUAAUAUUUCCACAAAUAAACCCCCUCAACUACACAACUAUCAGGCAGCAUUUGCAACAACUAAAACAUUUACUAAUGGUCAGAUUUCCAAGAAUAUAAUGAGAUCUCCUGAGACGCCACUAAGUAAUAAUGCUGACAACAAAUCCCUCUACAACAGCCCCCACUCAAAUCAUCUAAAUACACCUGCAUUAUUAAACACAACAAACUACCAACCCCUAACAACUUGGCCAUCUGUUGUGCAACUCAAAAGAAAAUCCUUGCUAACAAUGACAUCUAAAUAUGAGUUGGAUUCUGGGGAAACUAAUGUAAAGGCAAAACCAACAAUUAUAAACAACUUAAUAGGGAAUAAUAAUUUAAUUAAUAAAACGGAUUCAAAGGUAAACGAAGAUCUACUGGAAAUAAAAAAAGGAUUAAUUUCAAGGACUUUAAAGAAUUCACAAGAAAAUUAUAAUGAAAAAACAGCUGCCGCACAGUUAAUUGAAAAAGAUAAUUCUCUGCCAACUGCCAAAGAAACCAGUACAACCACAAGUAAAAACUUACACAAAGAGCCAGAGGAAAAUAAGUAUUCUAAGAAAGUAGAGAAGAAAUUAAAACAAACUCAUUUAAAUAUAACGAAUUUGAGUAAAAAAAAUAACGAUAAACAAGAUAUAAAUAACAAUGAAAAGGGGUAUCAAAAGAAACUGGAAGUUAAAGGAGUAAAAAUAGGGAAGGAUCUUUUAACUAAUAUCGAAACUCCUAUUUUAAGUGAACAAGAAAAUAUUCCCACAAAAGCUUCCACUAUAAAGCAGACUUCCUUAAAAGAGCUUUCUUCAGAAACUUUUGAUUCACUAACACAGAGGUCACAACAUGCAAACAAGGAUCUCGGUAACCAGACAUCCUUAAAAGUUUUUGGUUUAGAAGAGCUUUCUUCAGAAAGUUUUGAUUCAGCAACACAAAAGUUACAUCAGGAAAACAAAGAUGUCGGUAACCAGACUUCCUUAAAAUCUUUUGGUUUAAAAGUGCUUUCUUCAGAAACUUUUGAUUCACCAACACAAAAGUUACAACAGGAAAACAAAGAUCUCGGUAACCAGACUUCCUUAAAAGCUUCUGGUUUAAAAGAGCUUUCUUCAGAAACUUUUGAUUCACUAACACAGAGACUACAACAUGCAAACAAAGAUCUCGGAAAUCAGACUUCCCUAAAAGCUUUUGGUUUUAAAGAGCUUUCUUCAGAAACUUCUGAUACAUUGCCAUAUCAUAAAAACCAAGAUUUCGCAAAGCUGACCAAGAGCUUACAGAAAGCUAAUGGGACACUACUAGAGAAUAUGAAAGACAAACUAAACUUAAACAAUACUAAACAAAUUUCCUCUAAAGAAAAAGCUACUAAAGACAAAGGCUACACAGAAGUUCCACUAAUUCAUAUCAAACCCAAAGAAUCAAAAAGCUCUUUAGGAAAUUACACUCAAAGUAAAGCUUUAAAUGAUACUAAAAGCAGUAAAAUUUCAGCAAAGCUCUGGGAAGACCAAAAAAGCUCUAUGCAGAAAUCAAUUUCAUUUAACUUUAGUAAAACAGAUGAUUUUCAUGAAGAAAGCACAAAAGCUACAGGCGAUAGGAAAGAGCUUUCAAAGAGCGAAUCAAGAGAAAUACUUAAACAAGAGCUUUCUGCUAUGACAGAAAAUCCAAAGAUGAUUGGGAAAGCUAAAGAAAAGUCUUCGAACAUUAAAACUCAAAUUAAUACAGAAAAACUCAUUAAACUUUUAUUUAAGCAAGAGUCUGAGCUGGAAACAAAAUUAUGGCAAAUGAAACAGGCAGAAACUAAAAUUAAUAAUAAGUUUUCAGCAGCAUUAGAAAUUAUAAAUAAAGAAAUAACAGAACUAAAACAAGGACAACACCUGAAAUCCAAUGAACAAAACCUUAUAGCUAAUACACCUUUGGAGCUUCCGCCUAUAGAAAAAAUCAAAGACAUUGACAAAAACCAUAAGCUGCAUGACUAUGACAAUGUAGGAAAAAAUUCAAUUAACAGUAAUCGCCAUGCGCUAGAUAAACAACAAGAAAUUUCUGGGAAUUCAACAUUCAGGCGACAAAAACGUUUAAACACGAAAAUCCUUCAACCAGUCAAUGCAACACAACCUUUAGCAACAUUUCAGAUACCUCAACCAGAAGAUGACACAGACAUUUCCCACGAAUAUAUGACAGAAAACAGAACAGAAGUAAGUUCAGUACAAAAACCCAAAAGUGAAAUCCCACCCAAAGCUGAUACACAAUCAAUUAUCGCCAUAAACAAAAAAACACCAACUAAAUCUAGAAAUGAAAGCGUUGAAUUGGAAACAGCGGAUGUACAUAAAUUAAAAUUUACUGAUGAACAAAAACAAUUGCCAUUCAAUAUAUCUACAGGAAAUGGCAAUAACAUGACGGCAAUAAACAAUUAUAUGAAUAACAAACAGCUGGAUGGCAAUUUGAAGCCGACUAAAGACAAUAAAAACCAAAAUAUUCAAUUUAUUGGGGGGGAAAAUGUUGUCAGUGAAACUAAUGCCAUUAAUGUGACAACAAGAACAACAGCAGCAGCAACAGCAACGCCAGAAGAACAGAAAACAACUUUCAAAACAUACUUAAUCACAGCUCCUACUACUACUGACAAAGUGUCACCUACAGCAGUGUCACAACAAAAAUUAUUAGAAUUUCCAACAACAUUAACAACAGUCUUGGCACCAACCACCACCCCUUCCCAUAAACCAUUUGUUGUUUUUGCUGAAAGCCUUCAAACAACUACAACAGCCACCUCAUUUACCACUGCUAAUGGACCCUUAUCAAUACAUGAUUUAGUUAAUACUAGAUUAACCACCACAGCCAGUGCUGAAACGGAAACUAUGCCAACUAUCAACACAACACCAUCACUAAUGCAAUUAGUUUCUAUCACAUCAACCACAGCAUUACCAUUCUUAUAUAAUACAACUAUUUCAUCUUUUGCUUUGCCAUCAUCACCAGCAUCAACAUCUUCGUCCUCUGUGGCUGGUUUGCUUAGCAGCACUUUCGCCACAACAUCAACGACAACAACACCCUCAUGGCCAGUUAAGCAUGCAUCGGUGAUGGAGGGCAAUGUUAUUUUAGGUGGUCUGAUGAUGGUUCACUCGCGUGAGGAUAGCAUUACUUGUGGUCCGAUUAUGCCUCAGGGUGGUAUACAGGCUUUGGAAGCCAUGCUUUACACUUUGGAUCAGGUCAACAAGCAACAAUUACUGCCCAAUAUUACUUUGGGUGCUCAUAUAUUGGAUGACUGUGAUAAGGAUACGUAUGGCUUAGAAAUGGCGGUGGAUUUUAUUAAGGGGAAUAUACAAUACAAAUUCAAUUAA